GAGGCCAUCGCCCGAGGGAUCCUACCUCCACCGAAUUGAGGCCAUCUUCGGUAUUACGGAUUGAGGCUAUCUCCGUCAUAGGCAAUAAAUGUUAAGUGGUUUGACUUUGGUGAAAGUCUAAAUUGGUUUGACCGGUGGUCAAAGAGUUAAUGAGAAACCCGUAACACCUAAAUCGUUUUGAAAAGAAAGAAAAUAAGUUGACUGUUGGUCAACCGUCUAAAGAACCGAAUGUAAAGUUGAAUUGAUUUUUAUUAAAAGGAUAAACAUAUGCACGAUCUUAAUUGUUGAAUUAUUAUGUUUAUUCUUGUGCUACAAUGGAGUACCACUCAGCGUCAAUGCUGAGCGGAUAGCGUUGUUUUCCUUUUUGCUGUCCGUAGGUGAUCAGACAGAUGAACCUAGAGCCGAUCCCAGAGGGCAUUGAGGAGGAGAUAAUGAGUCAAGAAUCGACCCACGGUCAGUACGUUCCGGAGCCGGAGCACGUGAGCGUGCACACGGUGAACACCGAGGGUUCGAGUUUCACGCCUCCGGGUGACGGAGGGCAACAGCAGAAUCAACCUGCGCCAGCGGGACAGCCACCAGCUGUACCACCGCCAGUCGUACCACCUCCAGUGAUGCCACCGUUGGUGAUGCCGCAGGUGGCCUACGAGCAGAUGUUCCCGGCCAUGAUGGCCCAUUAUAUGCAGCACAUGGCGCAGCUUAUGCCCAUGUUCCAGCCACCGCCACCACCACAGCCGCAGCCGCGCAUCGUUACCUUCAAGAUGUUGAAGGAUAAUGGAGCGGAAGAGUUCCGAGGAGACAAGAUGGGGGAGCCCCAGAUUGCAUUGGAUUGGCUUGAGCAGAUGGACCGGGUACUCAAGAAUUUGAGAGUCCCAGAUGCUGAUCGCUCGGAGUUGGCGUCACAGAUGUUCCGGAAGGGAGCAUAUGAUUGGUGGAAGCGCAUUGACCAGGAUCCACACACGCCCAAGCCGUGGACCUGGGAUCGCUUCGAUCGAGCCUUCACGAAGGAGUACGUCCCCACCCGACUUCCGGGUGAGAAGGAGAUCCGCGCUAGUCUUCCUAUUUGAAUGACUUAGCCUUCAGCGGGUUGUAGCGAGACAUCCGGUUCUUAUGCAGUCUUCCAGAUCUGAGGAUUUUUAUCUGAUUGAGAAAUCCUCACUUGUCUCUGACACUUCCGAUUUAAGAUAUCCAAUUUUCAUAUCACUGAAAUUGAUCAAGUCUUCAGGCAUCAAAACGCUUAAAGAAAUAUCACAGUUUUAU